AUGCAGGGUAGCCCUGCCUUCGUGGCCAUACUGCUGGGUACGAUAUUCGGGGUGCUCGGCGCCUCGCUGAGCAAGGCCCUCCGCUACAAGGCGCCGGACGAGUGCAAGUGGAUCGCCACCGGCGACGCGGAGGACGACGUCUCCCUGGUGUGCAGGCUGCGCACCAUCAACAGCGAGCUGGAGAACACCAACUUCAGCGUGAUCCAGCCGCAGCACACGGUGCGACUGAGGCUCGAGUGCAGCGACACCCUCUUCUUCCAGAGCUCCCUCAGCGCCGGCAGCUUCCGCCCGCUGGUCGAGCUCCGGGAACUCAUCAUCGAGUAUUGCAAGAUCGGCAACCUCUCCGAUGACGCGUUCAAAGGGCUGAGGGAGCUGCGCAAUCUGACCGUCAGGACGCACAACACCGACUGGUCCUCCAUGGCUCUGGACGUGUCCGCCAGGGCGUUCACGGAGGAGCUCGGCCAGCUGGAGAGACUGGACCUGGGGGAGAACAACAUGUGGAGCCUCCCGGAGGGUAGCCUCUGUCCGCUGAUCAACCUCGAGGUGCUCAAUCUCACGAGGAACCGACUGCGCGACGUCACCGGGUUCCGGUUCAACGCCGCCGCCAGGUGCGCCUCCGGACUGAGGCAGCUCGACCUUAGCAACAACAGCAUCGAGUCCCUUCCGUCGGCCGCGUUCUCGGGACUCUCCAGGCUACACAGCUUGGAUCUCAGGAGCAACGCCAUCGCUUCUCUGGCCGAUCGGGCGUUCGAGGGCCUCCCUUCGCUGGCCGUCCUGGAGCUCACGGACAACCGGUUGACCAGCCUGCCCCCGGAACUCUUCGCCGACACCAGGAACGUCCAGGAAAUCCACCUGAAGAACAAUUCCCUUAACGUUCUACCGCCGGGAUUGUUCAGCGAACUGUCUCAGCUGCUGGUGCUGAGUCUGUCCAGAAACGAGCUGACGGCAGAGUGGGUGAACGCGGCGACGUUCACGGGACUGGUCAGACUGGUGAUCCUCGACUUGUCCUACAACCGUAUCACCAGAUUGGAGCCAGCCGUUUUUCGGGAUCUGUACAGUCUGCAGAUUCUCCGACUUCAAGGCAAUCUGUUGGACGGUCUUCUGGAGAACACGUUCUCGGCCCUUUACAAUCUACACACCCUGGUGCUCAGCGAUAACAGGCUGACCAACAUCGACGCCGCCACUUUAUCGGGACUUUAUGUUCUGAGUUUCCUGUCUUUGGACAACAACCGGUUGGACGCGCUCCAUCCGAGCUCUUUAAAGAACGCUUCGUCCCUGCAGGACUUGUACCUUAAUGGGAAUCGCCUCACGGUUAUACCGGAAGCCCUCGAAGCGACGCCAUUGCUGCGUACCUUGGAUCUCGGAGAAAACCUCAUCUCGGAGAUCCCGAAUGGUACCUUCGAUCAUCUUUCUCAGAUGUACGGAUUGCGUCUCACGGAGAACCACAUCGGGAACCUCAGCAAGGGGAUCUUCGACCGCACGAAAGAGCUGAAGAUCCUGAAUCUCUCGAGGAACAGGAUACAGCGCAUCGAGGCAGGGACUUUCAACGAGAACGUCAACCUCCAAGCGAUCAGGCUCGAUGGGAAUCAGUUGACCGACAUCGCCGGUCUCUUCUCCAACCUGCCGAACCUGGUUUGGCUGAACGUUAGCGACAACCGUCUGAAAUGGUUCGACUAUGCCAUGAUACCGACUCGUCUGAAAUGGCUGGACAUACAUUCGAACGAGAUCAGCGAAUUGGGAAACUACUUCGAGGUGGAGUCUCAGCUUCACCUGAGCACUUUCGACGCCAGUGAGAAUCGGUUGACCGAAGUCACCGGAAACGCUAUACCGAUGAGCGUGGAGAUGCUCUAUCUGAACGAUAACCUUAUCACCAAGGUUCAGAGUUACGCCUUCUUCAAGAAACCGAAUCUCACCAGGGUGGACCUCAAGGGCAACAAGAUCCGCAACCUGGAGCCCUACGCUCUCCGUAUCAGUGCAGUGCCACUAAAUCGACCUCUCCCCGAGUUCUACAUCGGUGAUAAUCAGUAUUUUUGCGAUUGCACCAUGGAAUGGUUGCAGCACGUCAACAAGCAAAUCCCGACGCGGAUACAUCCGCGAGUGAUGGACCUGGAGAGCAUCUAUUGCAUGCUGUUGUACGACCGCGAGCGUGUUUUUGUGCCGCUAGUGGAGGCUUCGCAUUCCCAGUUCCUUUGCAAGUACGACUCGCACUGUUUUGCGCUGUGCCACUGUUGCGACUUCGAUGCCUGCGAUUGCGAGAUGACGUGUCCUAGCAACUGCACGUGCUACCACGAUCAGUCGUGGUCAGCCAACGUGGUGGACUGUUCUUCCGGCGGUCACAUCGGCCGGUUACCUGAUCAGAUCCCGAUGGACGCCACCAGGCUGUAUCUGGAUGGCAACGAUCUGAAGAUCGUCACCAGCCAUGCGUUCAUAGGGCGCAAGAAGCUGAAGGUGCUCUUUCUGAACGCGUCCAACAUCGAGCUUGUGCAGAACCGAUCGUUCAACGGUCUGCGAGACCUGAAGGACCUGCAUCUGCAGGACAACAGGAUUCGAGAGCUGCGGGGACACGAGUUCGAGGGCCUGGAAACCUUGAGGUCGCUGUAUCUUCAGCGAAACGAGAUCAUCGGCAUCGCCAACGACACCUUCAGUCCACUGCGCUCCCUGCGGAUUCUGCACUUGGAGAACAAUCGUCUGACGACGUUGCCCGUGCGGUUGAUGCCAACACCUCUGAACGUCAGCCUCGCCAGGAACCCCUGGUCAUGCAACUGCGAGUACUUGCGCGCCUAUCGUCAGUGGUCUCUCAGUGCAGGAACGCAAGUGCUCGACGCGGACCACGCUAGGUGUGUGUACAACAUUACGGAGUUCGAGGACUUUGGCGACGACGUGUUCCGCGACGACGAGUUCGGCUUCGCCCUUCCGACGGCGGAUACCUCUGCCGACAGCCAAUACGCCGCCGAAUGUACCGACCUAAGCGCGAUCGAGAACAGCGUCCACGGCAACCUGACCAAGACCAUCGUGGAACGGCAGGCGUUGCAGGACUACCUGCCGCUCCUGGUGACGACUCUAGCGGUCUUCCUCAUGGUGACCCUUCUCGGGAUUCUCGGAUUCGUCUUCAGACAGGAAUUGCGCGUGUGGUUUCACGCGAAGUUCGGUGUGCGGAUCUUCUACAGGAACACCGAGGUCGACCGCGAAGACCGUGACAAACUGUUCGACGCCUUCGUCAGCUACAGCUCGAAGGACGAGGCCUUCGUGGCCGAAGAGUUGGCCCCUGUCCUGGAAACGGGGAACCCUUCGUACAAACUGUGCCUCCACUACCGAGACUUCCCUGUCGGCAGCUUCGUCGCGGACACCAUAGUCCAGGCCGUGGAGUCCUCCAGGAGGACCAUAAUGGUCCUCUCGGAGAACUUCAUCAAGUCCGAGUGGUGCCGCUUCGAGUUUAAGUCGGCGCACCACCAAGUGCUCAGAGACCGCCGACGCAGGCUGAUCCUGGUCCUGGUCGGCGAUGUUCCCCAGCGGGAUCUGGACCCGGAUAUAAGACUGUACCUCAAGACCAACACGUACUUGCAGUGGGGCGACAAGCUCUUCUGGGAGAAGCUCAGAUUCGCCCUGCCCGACGUGCCCAACAACCAGAGGGCCACGCCGAGCAGACACCCGCCGCCGGUCCGGCGACAACACAACAACCGUACCUCCAACGGCGGCAGGUCGGUUGCCGUUCACAUAUGA